AAGACAAAACGGCCAGGUGGCUCCAACCCCCGCGUCCUCUUCCUCUCUGAAGGGACUGCCUUACUGUGGGACACAGACACACACAAACACAUACACACAAAGCGGCGAGUCCGGAGCCAUCUGCUGCUGGCAGGGGAGGGGUUCCAGGCGGCGGCACGUUACCAUGGCAACAGUAGGGGAUUUCGUGGCGUUCUUUGGAGUUUCUCUCGCUUCUUGGUUCGGAUGAGAAGCAGCUGCUAGCGCAAGACUCAGAAAGCAACAUAUAUAUAUAUAUAUAUAUAAAUAAAUAAAGAAGUAGCAGUUCCAUAGACUGCAGCGCUACGUGCCGGAAGAUCGCCUUGAAUUGAAAUGACUACCUUGUGCUGACAUUGAGCAAGUAAUGUUCUAUUGAACUGAUGAGAAUACAGUCCUCUUGGAUGUGAAGCUUAAAUGGGUCCAAUUAUUGGCAUGUCACCAACAAAGAAGGCUGAGAUGCCAGGCAUAGGAGACACUUGCAGCUUGAAUUCAAGUUGCACAGUAGACAUUCUUCCAGAGAUGGCUGGUGCCACAAGCAUGAAAACCAUUUCCGCAGACAAAGGAAUGGCGGACGAUGAGGAGCUUACAAAUCUGAACUGGCUUCAUGAAAAUAAAAACCUCCUGAAGAACUUCAGUCUGGGUAGUGAGAUGCUUCGCAGUGUUAGUCCUACACGUGACAUCACCGAAGAAGAUGCGUCGCCUUCACCUCUCUCAGAUUCUCUAAACAAUGACAAUCGUGGAUUGAACUCCAAGCCUCCUUAUUCUUUUAGCUGCCUUAUUUUUAUGGCGAUUGAACACUCAGCCAGAAAAUGCCUUCCAGUUAAGGAUAUCUACAAUUGGAUAUUGGAACGUUUUCCAUAUUUUACCAAUGCGCCCACUGGCUGGAAGAACUCUGUAAGGCACAAUCUGUCCUUGAAUAAGUGUUUCCGGAAGGUGGAGAAAGACCAUGGCAAGACUGUUGGGAAGGGCUCACUGUGGUGUGUAGACCCACAGUACAGGCCAAACCUCAUUCAGGCUCUAAUGAAGACUCCAUAUUAUUCAACAACACAAGUCUUCUACACACCACCAGCCUCGCCUCCAAGUGCAUCACCACCUCCUCAUCACCUCACAGCAACAUCACCACAGCUCCAAGGCUGCCUUCAGAAAGGUUCGGAUAUCGAUGCUGCCACUGCAAUGAUGUUGCUGAAUUCGUCUCCAGAGCAAAGACUGCCUCAGUGCGGGCCAUCUCAGCAAUACAGUCCAACGCUGAGCCGAAAACGGAGUCACAAACGUGCAUUUUCGAAGCUUGCCCCCAUUAUGGUGAAAAUGUCUGAAGCCACAUGCAGAACAAGGGACAAUGUGGAAAUUUCUCCAUUGCAGAAAGCUGGCAAGAGUCUGUCUGGUUUACCAGUCAUCAAUAAUGAUCCUAAAGAGGAACAUAAUUACAGUGCAAAUGGUACUGUGUCUCACCGCAGCGAGUCCAGGUCCAGCGUUUCAUCCUUUUCCUCUGUGGAGGAAGCGUACGAGUUCAUUCCAAAAGCCAGUCGUGGGGGGAGCGACGGAAGUGAAGGCUUCCAUAGCGAUGAAGAGUCUGAGGUAGAUGACUGUGAAAAUGAGUCAAAUGAACUGUUAGGUGCCAGUGCCUACAAAUCCCAGCGAUGUGGAAAUGACACUGCUAGUGUGUUACGUUUGGCUGGAAAAAGCUGCAGAACAGUGCAGCAAGAAGUUGAUGAAGAGCUGAAGGAGGCCGCUGGUUCACUUUUGCACCUCGCUGGAAUCCAUAUGUGCCUGGACUCUUUAGACAGUAAACCAGGAAAAAGCCGGAAUGAAAAUCAUAGUGUGAAAUAGCCUUUCUGUUCCCUUCUCUGCCAUAAUGUGUCAAUGUGGCAAUAUUCUUCAAUAUAAUUCCUUCUCAAAAGGAAGAAACAAGCCAUAUGAAGACUGAGGUGUUUUCAUUUCUAUGUAAACUGCCAUUUGUUUGCACCUUUCUGAGACAAGAAGUACUUCAUGGGAUUGUAUCAGUUCUUUAAAAGUGGACUUUACAGCAACCAACACAUGCAAUGGAUCAGCCUGCACACCAAAUUAGGUCUUCAGGCUGUUUUAUUGGUUGACAUUUCAAGCAGUUAGAAACUGAGAAGAUUUUUUUUAAUUGAAAAAAAGUAAACUUAAGUAUUCAGGGUUGAAAAGAGGUGGUGGGGCUUGGCAAUAUUGUAGUCAUCUUGGAGAUCAUAUACUGUAUUUUUCAACCUAGCAUGUUGAUGAUAUUUUAAAAAGUUAACCCUCUCUCACUAUUUCUUUUUUCCUGAAUACGGUUUCCUUGGUUUCCAGAGAAGAUUGAACUGUCUCUGAUGGUACAUCACUGCUAAAUGCCCCUAGAUUUAAAUCAUUCUCUCUCAGGUGUUGGGGCACAGUUCCACUGACACGAGGAGCUCCCAGUAAGCGCCAUUCUUCAUGCACAGGCUAAUUCAACUGGCUAUUUGGCUCUCUGGGAUAUCUCAGCAAGGCAUUUCUGUUCUUAUUGCUGUCCAAAUAUACACACUUUCCAACACAGGUCACUGGAUAAUCAUCAGACGUUCCAACAUAUUAGAAAGUGUGUAUAUUUUUCCCUCCUUGCAACGGAGGUACUGCCUCUUAACUGUUUCCCAGGCUGCAAUGAGCUAAAUUAGUGGAGGCCAUGAGAAGGCUGCACUUUACAUUGGAAUGAAGUUGAAAAAAGAAAAAUGAAGUUGACUUUGCUAUGCAGUUAAGUUUUUUAAAAGUAUUUUUUAAAGAAAUGUCAUCACAAUGGUCAUGAUUCCAUGAUUUUUGGAGAACUGUGAUGAAAUUAUUGGUGUAUAAAUCAAAUUGUUAAUCAGAAGCUGCAGUUGGUUAUGUCAAACUGGUAAUAUUGUAUACCCUAUAAUAACCUUCUGGGAGACAUGUGAUAGCACAGGCCUGUGGUGACUGUAUCAAAAGACAGUACUGUUGUGGUUACAUCAAAGGGUUGGAUUACCUUUUUGUAAGCAAGCAAUGCCUCUGAACGUCACCAAGCAUGCGCUUUAGAAUUAAAAUCAGCAUGCAAUGCAAAGACAACAUACUAUCAUUUUUUAAUUCCACAAAAUAUAUAAAAUAACAGAUGUAUUGAGGUGCAAUGCUGUUGAAUGCCGGACUCAAGGUGACAUUUAUGCUAGUGACUUAUGACCUCUGAAUCCAUUGACGAGGGUAGGGCCUUGUAAUUCUUUUAAAUAUGCUUGUAUUUUUUCUUAAUUAUGUUCUUCUAUGAGUGUUUUUGUUCCAUCUCCAAUUGCAGAAGUGGAUGGAAAGAUUGCCAGCUGCCAGGCCUUUACUAAUGCCAGAAAUUCUGUAGAAUUAACCUCUCUCCAGAGUUUUUCCUCCCUCACCACAAUGGGAAAUCCACAAUGAAAAAUCAGUCAGAUACAACUCUGUGGCAGUUUAUUAACACUAAGUGCAACCUUUUUUGUGCCAUCCUUAACUUAUAAUUCUUGAUUUGGAUUGGCAAUCAUGACUCAAAAAAGGCCACAUUAUUGCGUUAUGGUAUUAUAGCCUAGUCCAAAUACUUUGGGUGCAAUGUUCAAUAAAUCCUACUUAUUGGCGAUGAAUUCAGUAUCAUGUCUUUUUAUGCAAUGGGAUGGGUUUGCAAUUUGACCCCUUUAUUUUCUUCACUUGCUAACGUUGGCUUAUUACAUUAGAAAUUGCUGACGUAGUUCUAGUCCACUGCUUCUGGAAGCUCACUAGAGCCACAUGCAUAAGAUUUUGAUGGCAAUGUGAUAGUAAGAGUUCUACAGUAACGUGCAUUGUUAAUGGCCCCUUUGCUGAUGCAGGAUCCCCUUAUAAAACACCCUAAUGUAAAUCCAUGUAAUAUGUUUUAACUAUCAUAGACAAUAGUGAGGGAAACAUUUUUUCCCAGCCCUUAAUGGAAACCCACUCGGGAUGGGGAUGGGGGUGGGGGUGGCCAUCAAGUUGCAGCCUUCAGCUUUAUCAUCCCAUUCUUGCUGUCUACCGCUUUGACUUCUCUCUGCGGUUUUGUGGAUGAUAUGCUCACUGAAAAUAGUCAAGUGCCUUGUAAUUAAACUUUUGCUAAUCAGAGUACCUGAUUAGUUUUUUUAAGUUGGGCUUGAGCAGGGACGCCACUGCAACUUUCCCACCGUGCUUGAUGCAGAUCAAUAGUGGUCAGGAAGAACAAAAGGUCAUUCAGGUUAAUCCAAGAGUACUUCUUUGGGCCCCACAAGGAAAGUUGCAUGCUUUCCUGCCCUGGACUCCACCUGCUCCCCACAAUUUAUCUGCUUGCCAUUGAGGCCGUCUUUGCUGCUGGACCAUGGCAUCUGAAUGUCCAAAUUUCCAAAUGCCACCUUCCAACUAGCUUCUAAUUUUCACCCACUUCAGAUGGGCAGCUGCUUGUAAGUAUGCAGAUGAGGCACAUUAGCUAUGGGCCUUCAAAUGCAUUUAGUAGUCUCUUUCCUGCCCCACUUGAAUUCAAUGGGAGUUAAAAUCCAAUCCAAAAUGUGCAGGACUUGUAGAUCUACAUUAUAGAAUCUCACAUAUCCAAACUUGAGGGUAUUUGGUGCCAAUGCCCCCUCUUUUACCAAUUGAAAUUUAAGGGCCAACACAUCAGUUUUCUUGUGUUGGGAAUGAUAUGAUUCCACGGACACAACUAUGGCCUGAAUUUUCAGCUCGCCAGGCAGGCACAAUUGGUGGGCCCGGGAGCAUUCAGGAAACGGACUGCCGACCUUGAUUGGUCCCCGACUGCAAUUCUAUGCUGGCUGGUCAAUUAACUUGGCUUGAAGCGCAGACUGAAAAGCUCAGUGCUGCCCGGGGUGGGGGAGGAGGGCAAGCGAUGAUGGUUCCUCAGGCGAGCACUGAGAGAAAGCUCCCUGAAGGUGGAGAGCUGCCUGAGAGAGCGACAGACCCAAAGAUCAUGAAAUAGUUUUGAAAAUCAGGAAAAAAAUGUCCAAGCAUCACGAUCAGGCACCUGAACGUAUAGAUGAUAAAAACACUGUCCACAGAAUUUUAUUUUCAUUUUAUUUAAUAACGGAAACCUCAUCCCGAUCUUGGAUGAGGUUUGAUGAAAAAUGCAAAGUCCACCUUGCUGAUUUGCCCAUCCGCCAACCAUAAGGUUGGGCAGGCAAAGAAAAAUCAGAGACAAUGGCGCCAUUAAUGGGCUUAAUUGCCCACUUAAUUGUUGGUUAGUGUGCUUCCAACUUUUCUGUGCGCCAGCCGAGCGAAAUAUCGCGCGACCAUGGGAUAACGAUGGGACACUCACCCGAAGUCUUCUCGUGCGAUUUUACACCCAAUUGGCACACCCUCACUUGCGGGACAUAAAAUUCUGCUCUAUAUUCCUGGAAACGAAUCAUGUAAUUUCGGAUGCCUGGGGAACAUCCUAUGAGAAGUACAUACUUCUCAUUGUCUGUUAAUUUAUGCCACUUUAGUGAGCAUUCCUCUGCCCUUUGAUAAUUUACUUAUUUUUCCUUCUUUUUUCAUAUUCUUUUCUGAUUCCAGUAUUUUUUGGAGGCCUAAUUAGAGCGGCAGUUUUUUAUUGUGGGGUUGGGAGGCAAAACACAAAUAUAAUGCAAAGUUUUUUUCAUUAAAAUAAGCACAGGGCAGCUGGCAUGAAACAAUCUGUUUCUUAUUGGUCAUGUAGCAAUAUACAAGUAAUAACAGGAAUGUACAGGGAGGAUGGGCUAUUUGCCAAAACCAGAAAACAAUGUCCUUUCUGAAUAAAAGGUUUUUCCUCUUUCAAAACAAAGUAUAUUUUUUAAACUUGUGUUCUGAUAUCAGCCAAGCAUGGUAUUUUUCGCUGAACUUUUGAGGUUUCUCAAUAGUAUAAAGUUGACAUGCUCCUCAGGAGGGUUAACAGGUCUGAUACAGAAAUUAAAACUUCUUGUAAAACCAGAGAAAGAACACUGUGUACCUAGCAAGAGAUAGGGUGGGGAGCUUUCUUCAUGUUUCAAUGUAUAGAGUGUUGCAUCACAUAUUCAAACUGCUUGGUAAUAGUCAUUUCCUGUCAGUAAUCUGCCAGAUUUUAGUUGCUCACCAGUGUUUUCAUAAAAAAUCUAAAAUGUAUGUUGAUAAUAAGGGCAUGCCAAAUGUAAUAUUUAACACAAGCCAGUAGCAUUGGAAAUGUGCAGACCAACACACCUUUGUCAUGGCCAGGAGGGUUGCCACUUUAACUUUCAUUUACUUUUUUCCCCCCAGAGUUGAGGUCCUUUUCUAGUGCCUUGUCACACAUGAAUAGAGGGAGAAGUCUGAAAACAAGUCGCCACGGACUGUCAGUGGGAGACUUUUUAUUUUCACACUAAUUCUUAUGGCCUAUAUGCCCAGUACUAUCUUCAAAAAACAAAGUAAAUAGUUUCUCAAUUAAAUUUUCCUGUUUACAUUACACAGGAGUAGUUCAGUCUUAGCUUCAAAAAAUGUAAUGUGGCACUGUUCUCCUGUGCAUUGAGAUACACCAGCACAACUCUGGCCAUUGUCUUCCUCUUUCUUAUAACUGCUACCAGCUGUUGAGUGUUAAGGCAAAUAAACAGCCUGCAAGUCUAAUUUUUUGGACCAUCUGGUUUUUGAUGUUCAGAAACCCCAUCAUCGGGUGAGAAUCUCCACAUCAAACAGUUGAGAAAUCCACAUUAGCUCAUUUUCUGUUGGUUUGUUAUAAAAUGCAUAUUCAAUUUUUACUGGGGCAACCUUACCUAAAAUCUGAGACUUGGCAAAUUGCCAAGAGCUAUAGCUUUGCGCUGGAAUUCAAUCGACUAACAUAAUGCAAGUUUUCAGCACACAGAAAUGUGAAACUUUCUCUUGCUUUGCUGGCUAGAAACCCUACCUGGUACACAACUAUAUACGUAACUGCUGCCGCACACCAAAUAGUGGCCACAUGCAUGAAUUUUCUUGCUUAAGCAAAAUUAUCCUAACUUUACUUUCAGUUGCAAUCUUACAUUCACAGUAAGUGCAUAAAAAUGAAAAAAAUAUUGUUUAUAAAUAAAACAUUAAAUCUCCCCUGGAAUUAACAGAUUUUAAAAUAGCUGCCACAGUGAAUAAAAUUGACACCAGUUCACCAACACUAAAGAUAAUGGUUACCUGUACCUCUGUUAUCAGUCAAUUUAAAAUCUCCCAAAUUAUUUCUAAAUUGUAAUAACCUAUUAUUUAAUUUUUUAUCUCUAUAAUUUAACAAUAUCAUAGGUUUAAUAUGUGGGUUUGUUGAGAGCUCUUUUUCCUCUUUCAUAUUUGCUUGCUACCUUCUAGUACACCUCACCCAGGUAGAUAAUCAUGUCAAACAAAGAUAGACUGAGGACUGAAAUUGGGACAAUCCUUCCUGGGCUGAACAGUGAUUUCACCAAAUGAACCAGCAGGAAAGCCAGAAGUAAAAAAGGAAUUCCUUUAGAGGUGGCAUGUUUUGACAAUUCUUUCUUCCCGCCACCCUUCAAAGCCAUUAAUUGCUUCCUGGGAUACAAUUCCAUAAGCAUUGCUUAAUGAAUUUGAUCCUAUCAGCACUAGAUCUGCACAUUCCAGUGGGGUAAGGUUCAUGGUGAUAUUAGGAAGGUGAACCACAGCUUAUUUUCCUCUCCAUAGAAUAGUGGCACUGAGGCUGAUUCCAGCUAAGCUAAGUAAAUUCAGUACAGUCCAGUUACAUACUGUUUUCAUGAGCCACUGAGGCAGCAAUGAAAGAAUUUAUGUUACCUUUGUUUAGCAGGCAUUUCCAAGGGUGGAAAUGGCUCCAGUUGCAGCUAAUUUCAAUGAUAUAUAUAUAAUGUAGAAUGCUUUGCUCUCAGCGUUUCAAAGACCAGUGAUCUGCUUCAGGACAGAGGAAAAGAUUCAAACUUUAUUUUUCUGCAUUGCACAUACAUGUUUAUAUUGCAUCUCUGAGCAGGGCUGCCAUGUGGAUCAGAUCAAUAUCAUGCAUAGUUACUAGGCUGAGAAUUUACAGAAAUUUUUGGGAACACAGUAAAACUGGUCGGCUUGCUUCCAAAACAGUGUUAGGAGUGGGUGAACCCUCCGCUACUAUUGUAGUAAAUGAAUCGCUCUGUGGAGAUGUGUGCAAAAUCAGCUACAGUGUGAAUAUGGCACUGCUGUAAUGGAAAAUGGAAGAAUGUCAGUUUCUUGCCCUGAUCCCAAACGUGUAAUAUUUAACUGACAGUGGAUGGCAGUGAUCCUAUUUUGUUUGGAGUAUGUAUAUGAAAUCUGGGGCUUUUUCCCUUUGAUGCAUCAUUUCUCUUCUUAAGGUGGCAGUUCACACUUGUGUAUUGCUUUGUGAGAACCAGCAGUUCUCCUUUAUUUAUAUUCCAGAAGUGAAGAUUCUUCAUGCCCACACAGCAAAUGCUGUUGCAAUGGAAGGAGAUGAUGUCACAUUUGAGAUUUCACUUGCCAAAAACAGCCAUAUUUACUUUCAAACAGGGGUCCCUGGAAAUGAAAGCUCUCCAGUAGGUGGAGUCAUGCCAAACACAAAGAAAGAUGGUUGUGGUUAUUGGAGACCAGUAAUCUCUGCAAGAGUUCCUUAGGACAGUGUCCUAGGCCCAAUCAUCUUCAGCUAAGGUCAGAAGUGAGGAUGUUUGCUGAUGAUUGCAGUGCUUCGUUUCACUUGUAACUAAUCAACCUUCCUCAUAAUGAAGCAGCCUGUGCCUGCGCGUAGCAAGAUCUGGACAACAUGCAGGCCUGGGCUGAUAAGUACCGAAUAAUAUUUGUGCCACACAUGUGCCAAGCAGUGACCAUCUCCAACAAGAGAGAGGGUCUAACUAUCUCCCUUUGACAUUCCAUCAUGAAAUCUCCCAUCAAUAUUCUGGAGGUGUCACCAUUGACCAGAACUGGUGCAGCCACAUAACUAACGUGGAGACAAGAGCAGGUCAGAAGCUGGCUGAGUGUCUCCCUUCCUGAUUCCCCAAAGCCUUUUCACAAUCUACAAGCCAUAAAUCACAAAUGCAAUGGAAUACUCUCGACUUGUAUGGAUGAGUUCAACUCCAACAACAUUCAAGAAGAUUGAUACCAUCCAGGACAAAGUGACCUGCUUGAUUAGCACCCCAUCCGCUACCUUAACUACUCACUUGCUGGGUUAAAAGCCUGGAACACCCUACCUAUAACAGCAUUUUGGAAGCACCUUCACUACAUGGACUGUGGCAAUUCAAGAAGAUAGUUCACCACCACUUCCUCGAGAGCAGUUCGGAAUGGGCAAUGCAUUUUGGUCUUGCAAGCAAUGUCCACAUGUCAUGCCUAUUUAAAAAAAUUAGAUAUGGGAACCAUGGCAGCUUUCAUUCUUUUUCCGACCACCCCUCCCCCCACCACCUCCAGCCUGAGCACUGAGGAAAAAUUUGGGGCUUUUGUUCUCUCCUUUCAAGUAAUUCACAGGGUUUUUAAUUCAUUUUCACAGUAGGUUCCCGAAAUUAUGAACAACCUCCCACUAAAAAUGGAAGCGAUAUCGGGGGGUGUAAUUCUAGGUAUUGAUUGCUAAUUCUGAUAUUUUUGUUCUAAUUGUGUGUGAGAUGUGUUCAACACCAUUUUUGACCACUACCCUUUGGAGUGGAGUGAGAACUUGAAAAGAAGUAUAAUGAGACAAAAUUAGGACAUUUUGUAUUGGGUGAUUUGAGUGAGUAAAAUCUGCAGAGUAGAGGUUUACUGCCAUAGCUGUGUAUCCUAAGCUGUUCAUAAUGUUAUACUGUACAUAUAUUUUAUUUCUGAAGAUGGAUGUGGCAUUCUGCCUGAGCUUACAUUAUGUAAUUUAUAUAUUUUUCCAUUGCUGUACUGAAUACUGCAUGUUUUAAAGUCUGAAUGGUGCUCAGGUAGUUGUAGAAUAAUGAAACACUUUAAAAUAAGCUGGUGGUAAAACAAAUUGAUACAGAAGAUGUAAAAACAACCAAAUGGAUGCAAAAUGCCACUAUUCCAAUACUAAUUGUUCUCAUACUUUCUAACCAAAAAAAUGACAUGCUUAACAUUUCAAAUGCCAACAUAAUUAGUUUUUUUUAAAUCAGUAAGAAUUGGAUGUAUGAUAAUGGGGAGUGGGGAAAAGAUUGAGGUACUUGGUGAUUGGUGUUACAAGAUAUGUACUGAUAGCCUGGUUGCGGCUCAAAGCUUCUGCCAAUCUGAUUUCAAAGGCUAUUGGACCUAUUGGUUUUAAAACUGUUUAAUUACACCACUGCAAAUGUGCAUGUUACCCUGUGUUCAUAAGAAUGUUUUAUAAUGUUUAUUUUCACCAAAGAUAUGCAAAUUGCAUACAUAUGGUAUUGCUAAAUAAACUUUUGUUGUAAAA